AUGAACGGCAACGACUACAAGUCUAAGAUGCUAGCUCUACUCUCGGACACCAAGACAUACGCCACGGCCAAUCGCGACCCAACAUCAAGUAUCCAGAGCAAGAACAACGAGAUUGUUAAGCGUUUGAAACGACUAGAUGCCAUAAACGAUCGGUUAGAGAAUGAGCUAAUGUCCAGAAAAGCUUUAUGCCCAAGAAUCUACGGGCAACCCAAAGCUCACAAAGCUGGAUUACCACUACGACCAGUAGUUCCAAACAUGACAGCACCCACCUACACUCUCUCAAAGUUCGUUGGACAGAUACUGCAGAGCUCACUGCAAAGCACCUACAACAUAAGGGACUCCUACAGCUUCUGUGACUACAUCAACGGCAUCACCCUCCCAGCUGACUAUGUGUUGGUAUCCCUGGACGUUGUUUCUCUUUUCACGUGCAUUCCCUUCGAACUUGUUCGACGCGAUGUCACGUUCAACUGGAGCGACAUACAGAAACACACCAACAUAAACCUGGAAAUCAUGUUGGAAAUCAUCGAGUUCAUCAUGAAAUCAUGCUACUUCACAUUCGAGGGAAAGUUCUAUUCACAAAUUUUUGGAACUGCCAUGGGUAACCCCCUGUCGUCCCCACUAGCCGAUCUCGUCAUGGAGAAUCUGAUGCACGCCGUCGUCAAAAAGCUCGAUUUUCAACCACCAGUGCUCAAGAACUACAGCCAACACAUCCAAUUCACCUACGAGCUAGAAGAAAACAGGAGACUGCCGUAUCUGGACAUGGUAUUGGUCCGCACCGAAGCCCAACAGAUCCGGACGGAAUGGUACCGAAAGCCAAUUUCGAGUGGUCGUUUUCUGGACUUCUUCUCCUGCCACACCACGAGCCAGAAGGUCAAUACAGCUAUGAACUUCAUACAACGUGUAGACAAACUGUCUACCAACUUAAACACUCGGGAAAAAUGA